UCCUAUUUAUUGUAGGUAUAAAUGUAUAAUAUAUAAUGUUUAAUCAAGUGUGGGGGAGUAAAUACAGUAUGUGAUAUGAUUAGGGCUGGCAAAUCCUGACCCGACUCGAUAACACGACUUGGACCCGACCCGAAGUUACUUAGAGAAACCCAAACCCGACCCGAAACGAAUCCAAACAACCCGAAUUCGACCCGAUUUGACCCAAAUUUCAUAUUUUGUAAUAAUAUUAAGUUUUACACUAUUUUUGAUAGUUUCUAAGCAUAACACGAAAUUGACCUGAAAUCUGACCAGAACCUGACGGCAAAGCCAGUGGGGGACAUAGGGUGACAGUUGUUAAAAAAAAAAGAAAAAAAAAAGAGUAACGGACAGAAAGCCAGAAAGAAGGAAGAAAAGAAAACUGAACUCUGAAAAGUGAAACCUAACUUUCCUCUUUCCUCUGCCAGUCCGCCGCUCUCGCUCGUCGGCUCCACUCCCGGCACUCCGUCCCUCCGUAGUCGCCGCCUUCGCUGCUUCGUCCGUUCGUCGGCUCGUCGUUGGACUCGCUGCUCUCUAUUCGACUUCGCUCACUUCGCUAAGUCGCUAGACCCAAUUCACGGUGAUUGAAUGAUGGACUGGUUCUUCAUUGUGCUCUCUGCUUCUGUAAUUUGGAUUGCCUCUUUAUGUAAAAUAUUGCACAUAUCUUACUUCCCCACAAAAGGCCAAUACUUCAACAUUGGUGACACUCUACACAAGAAGGCUGUCUUGCUCGUGAUUGCACAUCCUGAUGACGAGUCCAUGUUCUUCACUCCAACGAUUAACUAUCUGACAUCAAGAGGGCAUAAUAUUCACAUCUUAUGCUUGUCUACUGGUAAUGCUGAUGGGAUGGGAAAAAUUAGGACAGAUGAGCUCUACAAGGCUUGCUCUAUGUUAAAGGUUCCUCUGAAGCAAGUGGUUGUACUUGACCAUCCAGAGCUUCAGGAUGGGUUUGGCAAAGUGUGGAAUCACACCUUAAUUGCAAAAAUUGUUGAAGAUAACAUCAGAUCUCAUGGCAUUGAUACAGUAAUUACAUUUGAUAGUUAUGGAGUUUCUGGUCAUUGUAAUCACCGAGAUGUACAUUUCGGAAUAAGAAAGGUUUUACUUGAUUCUCAACAAAAUAGUUUUGAAGCAUGGGAACUGGGUAGUAGCAGUGUAUUGCGGAAGUAUAGUGGAUCAGUAGAUAUCUGGUUAUCCAUCUUUAUGGCCUGGUGUCUCCCUCGUAGGAAAUCUUUUUGUCUACUGAAUGAGCAUCCUUUUAUGAGUUUUCAAGCAAUGGCACAACACGCAAGCCAGUGGGUUUGGUUUAGGAAACUAUUUGUAUGUUUUUCAAGUUACACAUAUGUGAACACACUUCAAAGGAUUGUGCUAUAGAUUUAUGGUUCAAGACCUGAGAUUUGUGGUUCAAGUUCAACACUUAGUGGAUGUGAUUUGUGGAAGAACUAUGAAUUCACCUUGAGAGCGUCAUUGCCAUUUACAAGAGAGAUUGAAUGAAUCAGUAAAUUUGCAGUAUACCCAUAAUUAUUGUUGGGAGAUCUAUACAUGGAUCCAAGGGAUGAAGGUUCUUAGGUAACAUGUUUGUUGCAUCCUGAUUCCUGAGGAAAACAAGUUUUGUUGCAAAGAUCUGGAUCAUUGUUUUAAAGUGAAAAGCUUGUUUGCUGCAACUGAGGCUUAGGUUAACUAUGCUGCAAACUAUUGGAUCCUUGUUUUGUUGAGAUUAGAAGUUGUUUGAUGAAUGCUUAAUAAUUGUAAUUUCACUGAUUUGUAAGCUUAGGGUAGCAUGACUUUUAAAAAUUUGUAAUUUGGGUCAUAGUGCUCUUCUUCUAUUGUUUUAUGGACACUAUCAUGUCCCCUUAACUUCAUGGACCUUAGAGGUGACAAGCACGCCAUUUGAAUUGAGUUUGGUUCGGAGUGAUGAGUCUUUCAAUUUGGCAAUGAGUUUAUUACGGCUCUGGUCUUUAAGUCAGCCUAUUGUGAUAUAAUUAUCAAUGCUUCAUGCUAAUUCCUUAAUUAGUUUUCCACAUCCUUAUGAUGCUUAAAAAUUAUUGUUUCAUUUCCUUUUAGAUGGUAACUUUUGGCCCUUUAAAUCCCAAAUUAUUCCAAUUUAAUUUAGUUUCUCUCUGUACUACAUCACAUGGACUCUCUUGUUAUAAUAACAAGUAAAGUAUGCCAUAUAGAAGUGGAAAAACAAAAAAAAAAAAAAAAAAAA